AUGAGCACUCUCUCACUUGGAACUCGUAAAUAUUUCUUAAUUGUGACUUUCUUCAUGGUCGUUUCUAUUGGCUGGAGCCUUAGGGUGAUCCCGAAUCAUGGUAAGUUGAGCAGCUUGCAAGAAGAGAAAUCAGCCACUAGAGAUAAAAAGGAAGAAGCAAAGGAAGACAACAUGGGAAUGGAACUCUACCCAACGGGCUCCACCAUACCAGAUUGUUCGCAUGCAUGUGGACCAUGUUCUCCAUGCAAGAGGGUAAUGGUGAGCUUCAAGUGCUCCAUUGCAGAGUCUUGCCCCAUAGUCUACAGAUGUAUAUGCAAAGGGAAAUACUAUCACGUGCCCUCCAAUUGA